AAUGUAAAUGUUGAACAGCGUUGGACUCAGACUACAUCCCUGCCGCACUCCUCUCUUCUGGGUGAAGAAUUCUGAUUGUUUAUUGCCAAUUCGUAUUGCACGAAUAUUCUCUCUCUCUCUCUCUCUCUCUCUCGGUCCAGGUAUCAGAGCAAUGCGCGCGACCUGUCCGUGAACCCUCUUUAGUGGACUUAGGAGAGUGAUUUAAACGAGAUCGUUUCAUUAAGGCAAGAACUCAUGAUUAACCUGAAGAAACAUAAUACAAAUGUGACAACAUUACUUGAGGCUCCAAGAAGUUCUGCGAGGAGGAACAAAACAGACAACAAAUCUAUCUGGGAGUGUCUGACCUACUGGCAGUCACAUGUCUUGACAAUGUGGAUGUUUCAAGCCUUAACACUGGUGAAAAGCCUGGACUCCUUCACAAGGCCCAGCGGUCGCCCCAAGACAGGCACAGGUUACGUUCGGGUUGUCCAAAAAGAAGUGUCUAUGGAUGUAUCCUCUCCGAAAUCAUUCUUGAGCCAUAGCAAAGUAUCAAAAGAGGACCAGGAGUUUUACGACUUGAAGAACAAGGCCGCAGAGUAUUACAUGUCCAACGGGGUCCCACAGAAGAUAGAAAAUGUCCUGAACGAGAUGUUUUGGCAGAAGCCGGAUGAUAUCUAUGGCCAUCUGGCGAACUAUUUUUCCAAGCUCUCCUAUACUCCUGUGAUUAGUAAAAUCACCGGAAGAGAGGUGUUUGACGGAACAGGAUUGACAGCAGUUAAGACCCAAGUGUACUGCAUCAUCAGAAAUGAGGAAAAGGUGGUGUGCAGUGCAGUGAUGAGUGGCCCUAGUGAUGGUCUGGAGGCUGAUGGUGUGGUAGAGUCAGGGGAGGCAUUUUCUAACAGCAACCAGCAACGUCUGUCCAUCACAACAGCUCUGAAGUGGAUCAGAGAGCAUCUCAGUCCAAUGCUGCAAGGCUUCAACCCCACUGAUCAAACCAAUGUAGACAAACUACUCAGUGAUUUCUUCAUGGCACGUUACCUGGAGCACAAGGACAGUCUUAACAUAGAGAAGGAGGAUGAGCUGAGGAUUGAAUCAGUGUCUGAGGCUCCGCCCCAGGCCACUCCCACACCCGCCCCUACCAAAGACAAGAAAGGAAGUGAUAAAGGUAAAAAAGCAAACAGCACAGAGAAGCCCCUCCCUCCUGCAGAGACCCCAGUGCCACAGCUGCCAGGGGCUACGGCAGUGGGUGUGGUUUCUUUGGCUGUGGCAAAAACUGCUGCCAGACUUCUAGGAGAACCCUUAUACCAACAUAUCACAUCAGUCAGAGUCCCGCAGGCUCAGAGUGAGAUGCACCUGCCUGUGCCCAUGAUUACAAUUCUGAGCUGUGGAAAGGACUCUGCGGGUAAACUCAACCUGCUGGAGGAGGUCAUCCUCAUGCCCAGCUCAUCACAAAGAGUCAGAGAAGUCAUUGGCAUGGGCCUUGAGCUGCAGUGUGAAAUGACGAGAGUUUUGAAUGGAUCUGCGUAUAAAGCUGGGCCUAUAGGUGUAUCAGAAGAGGGAGCGUUACAGGUGGGGUUUGAACGUCCAGAACAGGCUCUUGAUCUGGUCACAGAGGCAUGUGCUAACCUGGCAUUGCCUCUGGGUUCAGACCUGCGCUUGGCUAUAAACUGUGCAGCACACGGUCUGAUGGACUAUUCACGUGGGAAGUAUGAGGUGAUAUCAGGCUGUCACAAAUCCCCAGAUGAAUUGGUGGACAUGUACGAGGGUCUGAUUAAUAAAUAUCCUGCUAUCACAUCCCUCAUUGAUCCUUUCAGGAAAGAGGAUGUAGAUCACUGGGAGAGGCUGGCUACAGUGAUUGGUCAGUCAUGCUUCCUGAUUGCCGAUGCUGCGUCCAAUCUCUGUCAUCGCUGGAGUGAAGCGAAACCCCUCCCACCUGGGGUCACCAGGGUCAUUAUUAGGCACCACAGUGAUAUGACCAUCUCUGACCUUAUACAAAGCAUAGCAGAGCAGAAAGAUUCAGAGACGAUGCUGGCUGCAGGCAGUGGCGAUACAUCAGUUGUUGACCUGGCUGUAGGGUCAGGCGUGUCCUUUCUCAAACUGGGUGGGUUGAGAGGAGGAGAACGAAUGGACAAAUACAAUCGUCUGUUGGCGAUAGAAGAGAAACUGGAGCAGGAGGGGAUCCUGGGUGCUAGAGAAAAAAAACAGCUUCUGUCAGAUCUUUCCGAAACACUUAACUCCGGAAGCGGCUGUGACUCUGUGACCAUCUCUACUUGAUGUGACUUCAUCUCCUGUCUGUCUGCCUGACAUUAUCACAGUGGGGUUUGU